AUGUCAGUCACAUUGAAAAGAGAGGCCAUCUUUACGGCCAAAGCACCCACACCUAUGAUGGCGUACUCGCAGGCCAUACGUGCCGGUGAUUAUGUGUUCGUGAAGGGACAGGUGUCCACCGAUAUCACCACCAAUGAGCUCAUACUGGAACCGCUCGAAACCCAAUACGAACAGACAUUCAACAACGUGUUGGCCAUUGCGGUGGGCGCCGGCGGUUCAGUGGACGACAUCGUAAAGCUGGACAUCUUUGUCAAAGACUUGGACUCCUUUCCCAUUAUCAAUAAAGUGAUGGAAAGGCUGUUCCCGAAGCCAUACCCGGCCCGC